AUGAACAACUACCCCCUUCUUAUUAGCUUCGUCAUAGCCCUCUCCUACGCUCUGCCCAUCCUGAUUGCCGUGGCCUUCUUAACUUUAGUAGAGCGUAAAAUCCUCAGCUACAUGCAAGGCCGAAAAGGCCCAAACGUAGUAGGUCCCUUUGGGCUUCUCCAACCCAUAGCAGACGGAGUGAAACUGUUCAUCAAAGAACCAAUUCGCCCAUCUACUUCCUCUCCAGUUCUCUUUGUCACGACCCCCAUACUAGCGCUUCUCUUGGCCAUCUCAAUCUGAGCACCUCUCCCACUCCCAUUCCCCCUUGCCGACCUCAACCUAGGACUUUUAUUCCUACUAGCCAUAUCAAGCUUAGCAGUCUAUUCCAUUCUAUGAUCGGGAUGGGCCUCUAAUUCUAAAUACGCAUUAAUUGGUGCGCUACGGGCAGUAGCUCAGACUAUUUCAUAUGAAGUUACACUAGCAAUUAUCCUCCUCUCCAUUAUCCUUCUUAGCGGCAACUACACCCUAGGAACCCUUGCGAUUACGCAAGAACCCCUAUACCUAAUUUUCUCCUGCUGACCACUUGCAAUAAUAUGAUACGUCUCUACCCUCGCCGAAACAAACCGUGCCCCCUUCGACCUAACAGAAGGAGAAUCCGAACUAGUCUCAGGCUUUAACGUAGAAUACGCAGCGGGUCCUUUCGCGUUAUUCUUCCUAGCCGAAUACGCUAACAUUAUAUUCAUAAACACGCUUACUGCAAUCCUAUUCUUCAACCCAAGUCUUCUUAACCUACCUCAAGAACUUUUCCCCGUAGUACUAGCCACCAAAACUCUGCUUCUUUCUGCAGGUUUCCUAUGGAUUCGUGCAUCUUACCCUCGAUUCCGAUACGACCAACUCAUGCACCUCCUAUGGAAAAACUUCCUACCCCUCACACUGGCUCUAUGCCUAUGACACACAAGCCUGCCCAUUUGCUAUGCAGGUUUACCCCCAUACCUAUAG